CAGCUGUGUAAUUUAUCCUGCGUCACAGUCAUUAAAACGGACAUUUCUGGACAGCAGUAUUCAAUAAUUAAAAAGGAGGCCAACGUCGUCAACAAUAACUCACUUGCAGAGGAGCCCUUUUGAGAAAAGCGCCAGCAUCUGCCACAACAUGCUCCACUACGAUCGCGACCAUCUUGUCAGUGAGCACUGGGUCUAAGCGGCUGACACGCGAGUUCUCGCGAGAUGUCCUCCCGUUAGUAUCACUUCAUGUGUUGACGUUCUGGUGGGUGAAGAUGGCGGCCCGCUGGAGCAGUGAGAAUGUGGUGGUGGAGUUUCGAGAUGCGCAGGCUACUGCAAUGUCAGUGGACUGUCUCGGCCAGCACGCUGUUCUCUCUGGGAGACGAUUCUUAUAUGUUGUAAAUUUGGAGGCGCCGUCUGAAGCCCCACGCAAAAUCAGCCGCCAGAGCAAAUGGGAUGUUGGGACAGUCCAGUGGAAUCCGCACAAAACCGAGGCCCAUUUAUUUGCAGCAUCUAGUAAUCAACGUGUCGACCUGUACGUUUGGCACGAUGGAUCCGGUGAACCGCAUACAUCUUUGCAAGGCCACACACGUGUUAUAAGUGAUUUGGACUGGUCAUGGUUUGAACCGGAGUUUCUUGUCACGAGUUCUGUCGACACAUACAUCUACAUAUGGGACACAAGGGACACUCGAAAGCCAACCGUGGCUCUGUCUGCCGUGGCUGGAGCCUCUCAGGUGAAGUGGAACAGACGGAAUCACUAUUGUUUGGCGUCAAGUCAUGAUGGUGAUGUCAGAAUCUGGGACAAGAGGAAACCCAACACUGCAGUGGAGUAUGUAGCCGCCCACCUGUCAAAGAUUCAUGGUCUGGACUGGCAUCCUGAUAACGAGUACAUCCUGGCUACUUCCAGUCAGGACAACUCUGUUCGGUUCUGGGACUACAGACAACCCCGGAAGUACCUUGAUAUCUUGUCAUGUCAGGUGCCUGUGUGGAAGGCCAGAUACACG